CAGUUCUUUGGACCGGUGACACGUAGCGACGGAGCCGGUAUACCCGGUCUGGAGUUGAGUUUUGGGGGGGCGUUGCUUGGGGCCGCUGGAACCCCCGUCGCCUCCGCCGCCGCCUCCGCCGCCGCCGCCUCCGCCGCCGCCCUCGAUCCUUUGCCAUGUCAGGCUUCGACAACGUGAGCCCAGAUUUCUUCCAGACCAGUUACAGCAUCGACGACCAGGCUCAGCAGUCCUAUGAUUAUGGAGGAAGCGGAGGACCCUACAGCAAGCAGUAUGCUGGCUACGACUACUCGCAACAAGGCCGAUUCGUCCCUCCAGACAUGAUGCAGCCACAGCAGCCGUACACGGGGCAGAUUUACCAACCAACUCAGGCGUACACGCAAGCCACAAGCCAGCCGUUGUAUGGAAACAACUUUGAGGACGAGCCACCGUUACUAGAAGAGUUGGGAAUCAAUUUCGACCAUAUCUGGCAAAAAACACUAACAGUGCUACAUCCACUAAAAGUAGCAGAUGGCAGCAUCAUGAAUGAAACUGACUUGGCAGGACCGAUGGUUUUUUGCCUUGCCUUUGGAGCCACGUUGUUACUGGCUGGCAAAAUCCAAUUUGGCUAUGUGUAUGGGAUCAGUGCAAUUGGAUGUCUAGGAAUGUUUUGUUUGCUGAACUUGAUGAGUAUGACAGGUGUCUCAUUUGGUUGUGUGGCAAGUGUCCUUGGAUAUUGUCUUCUUCCCAUGAUCCUCCUUUCCAGCUUUGCAGUGAUAUUUUCUUUACAAGGAAUGAUAGGAAUCAUCCUGACUGCUGGGAUUAUUGGAUGGUGUAGUUUUUCUGCUUCCAAGAUUUUUAUUUCUGCACUAGCCAUGGAAGGACAGCAACUUCUAGUAGCAUAUCCUUGUGCUUUGUUAUAUGGAGUCUUUGCCCUAAUUUCCAUCUUUUGAACUGAGUUUGUCUGGGAUGCAGACAUCCGGGGGCCACAUACACAGAAAGGACUUUGAACUCUCAAAUUGGACCAGCAAACAGCUGCAGCUCAACUCAAGAUUUCCAGUCGACUGUGCGAGCCUGGAAGUGAACACGUGUCUUUUGUUCAUUUUUAUAGAACACCCAAAUACUGUGUGGACUUACUUGCAGUGUGGCUAGCUUUAAUUGUUUGUGUUUAUACAGAUAAGAAGUGCUUUUCCUUCCUGAUCCUGCAGCCUUUGAAAAACAACUUUUUUCCUUAGAAAUUACGUCUUUGAUAGACUUUUAUCAACUAGGAAACCAACCGCAAAGCUGAUAGCCUUUCUUAAAAGCAGCACAGUUAUAGUAAGCAAGAAAUAAGACUUAUUGCACAAGUGUUUUCCAAGAGACUUAAAGAAAAACUGCUUUGUUCUCAAGUUAGUACUUUACAGCAAAAACAGACAAAAAUUCAUAUGCAGGGUUUUAUAAGUUUGCACUUCAGAAAUUUGACAUUCUUAUAAAUUAUCUCAAGAAAUUUUUGGUAAAAUUCAGAGACAUGAGAAAUUCAGUCUACGUUAUUGUAGACAUGAAAUGGAGGGGGGCUGCUUGGAUUCUGUGCUCAUAUCAACUGGCCACAUCAAUGCUUAGUUGGGUGUCCAUGUUUCCCAGAAGAAAGGAAAUUGCUAACAUUUUGAGGAAAAUUUGAAAUUUCGCAAUUCAGUAUUGCAGUUAUUGUAAAAUUUAUUUGAUGCUUAUUAAAACUUUACCAAUUAA